AUGAAGCAAGGGGCUGAGGCAAAAGUUGUACGCUCAGAUCAGGGACACCUCUAUUACAAGUGCAAGCACUCUGAUAAGUGCAAGUUCGAUAACAAAAUUAAGGGCUACGGGCAAGCUGUUGUUGAGCUUUUCCGCCAGGCUGCAUACGCCUACACGGACUCAGAAUUUUCACGUGCAACGUCGGCUAUGGCUCAAUUGAAGCCGGCGGCGUACGGGAAGUUGAUGCGCGUAGGCCCUGAGAAGUGGGCACGAUCACAAAGUCCGGUGACCCAUUAUAGUUUUCUUACAUCUAAUGCUGCCGAGGCUUUGAAUGCCCGUUUGUUGUGGGCCAGACGCCUUCCUAUAUGUUCCAUGCUGGAGGCAAUCAGGAUGGUUCUGGAGCAGUGGUUCAAUGACAGACUUGCGUCUGCGGAAGAGAGCGAUGAUCUUCUUACUCCAGAGGCAACACAGAAGAUAAGUGCGGAGAUCUCAAAGAGUCGUCGUUACACUGCGAAGAGGACCUCCGAGAGAAAAUACAGGGUUUGUGCUGGUGAUCGUCGCUUCAUGGUUGACCUUCAAGCGAAGGGCUGCGAAUGCAAUGAAUUCGACCUGGACGGCAUGCCUGCGGCGAAAGAGCCAGUGGAAGAUUACGUGGAAGCUUACUACCUGCGGAGUUCACUGGUUCAAACAUACUCCGGUCCAGUAAAUCACUUGCCUCUCUUAGAGCACUGGGAAAUUCCGUUUGAAGUUGCAACUGAUAUUGUUUUGCCAAACCUUUCUCGGCGACAAGCUGGUCGACCAAGAGAAUCUAGAAUUCCUUCAGCUGGUGAGAGGCCGACUCAGAGGACUACUAUAGCGGAUGCAUCAAGUAGUCUGGAAAAACGAGCACCCAAAACCUGUGGUCUAUGUGGCUCGCCUGGCCACACACGUAGAGCAUGCAAGGGUACGGGCUGGGAGCAGUAG